CCUCAUCUUGGACGCGUCGCGUGUCCCACAUUUCCGACUCAGCCGUUUUCGGAAACUCCUGAAUAUCUCACUAUGUCGCAAAAUGAGCACAUUUCACCCUUCGUCAACUAUGCAAAGCUGUCGAGCUUCACGGGGAAGCAAGUCAGGCUCAUUUGCAAGCUGAAGAACUUUUCAAGCCCUCGUGAAAUGAAGGUGGAAACGACAGACGGCGGUGAAGUGGUUGUGGUCGUCGCAACGAAGCCUGAGGACACCCAGCCUACCUCUGUGUACCUCGAAGUUAUCGGCCUGGUACAGGACAGCUCGACUAUCAAGCUUGCGGGGCUCAUUGAGCUGGGGGACGAAAUCGAUAUGAAGCUCGCGAACGACAUGAUCGAGCAGAUGCACCGACCCAUGUUCUGGCAGACGAUAUAUGGGUACCACUCUGAGACCCCCGCAUGAUCUGUCGGGCGUUUGCAGGUUCACAUCGUAUCCUCAAUUGUACCAGUAUCUCCAAUCUUCUUUGCAUCUCUUUCCCCUGGCUU